AUGUACUGCUUUUCUUCCCAGCUGGGCGUUGUCUCCUCGUUGAAGCUUUUGAAGCCUUGGCAGGUGAUUCAAGAGAGAGAGGUGUCGCUGGCCAAGGAGAAGCAAGUGCAGGAAAACGCACUGCGGGACGUGACGAAGGCGACCGACGUAGAGGUGGCCGGGUUGCGGCUCAGCGAACGCGCAGGUCGCCUUGCGACGAGAGAGAAGCGGAUUGCGGAAGAUGAAGCUGAGCUGGUAAAACGGGAGCGAGACUUGGCGGCCAGGGAAGCAAGGCUGCAGACCCGCCAAGACGAAGUUGCCGAGGCAGAGUCCCGAAACAUGCACGAGUUCGCAGCGAGGAGGCGUUCUGUCGAGCAGAGAGAGCUACGAGCAGCCGAGCUCGAGAGUCGAUUGGCAUGGUUGCAAGAUCACAGAGGCUGUGGCAAUGGGAGUUCAUCCAGGCCGUCCCGAAACGAGCGGCCGGCAGACCGCGGACCGUCGCCCGAGCACGGGCCGGAGCCGGAGAAGUCCGAGAAGGCAAUCCUCCAGCAGAGAGUGAUGGCUUUGUUCCACCAAAGCCGAGAGGAGAGAGCGACAGUAGAAGCAGCGAAGCAACCGAGGCCAUCUGCGGCGCCAGAGAUCGUAGGGAUGGCAGGUGUCCAGACGCCAAGCGUGACAUGUCCCGGUGAGGAGUUAACCAUGACCGUGUACGUGGACAAGCCGCAGCAGCGAUACGGUGUUCGACAAGAUCAUUCCAAGGUUGUCCACUUCGAUGAGUUGCUGAGCCGUCAAGCGCCGCCCCCACCUCCGGCGAGCUGGGAAAGGACAUCUGGCGACUUGGUUGGCGAUGUGCUGGCUGCCGAAGCUUGCGAGGCGGCCGGUCGCGGGCGGCUUACAGCCCGAAAGCAGAUCAGCAAUGAGGCAACGAGCGAGAUAAAGGUGCUGGAGGGUGGUUGUGGCACUGAGGGGUCCAGCCCGUGGCUUGCAAGACUCCGCCGCUUGACGCGCUGUCGCUGA